AUCAAUUUUAGAAUAAGGCUGUAACAAAAUGUGGGAAAAGUCAAGGGGUCUUAACUAUUCGAAGGAACUGUGUGGGUGGCGCCGUAUUUGUUGACAUUAUACGAUGCAUUCUGGCUGUCACAUCAACGUCAGUCAUAACAAAUAUGUUAUGAGGCGAAGGAAUGGUUCACUCAUCUUUUGAGUAACUUCUGGAAGGGGAACGAAUUAUCUUCGACGAUACACCCCCUUCAACAUGCAUCCUGCAACCAGACAAGUCAUCUUGUCUCCUGUUAUUAUCUUUGGUCGACGCGAAAAAGCAAAGAUGGUGGUGCGCACAAACUAACUACCCAUCGUCGGAUGACUUUCUAUCAAUGGAGACUUUGCUGAGAAAGUACAGCCCGGUACCGGGAGGACAGCGGAGGGAGCUGGAGAGGAUAACCAAUGCUAUUGGUGCAGAACAACAGACUGACCGCAUGGGUGAAGAAGGACCCCCCAGUCUGGAGUAUAUCCAGGCCAAGGACUUGUUCCCUCCGAAAGAGCUGGUCAAGGAGGACGACAGCCUCCAGGUACCGUUCCCAGCUCUGCAGGGGGAAGGGGUGGAGUAUCUAGGCCGAGCCGAUGACACCAUCAUCGCCAUCUCCAACUACAGGCUCCACAUCAAGUUUAAGGACUCCAUUAUAAAUGUGCCUCUGAGGCUCAUAGAGAGUGUGGAGAGCAGAGACAUGUUCCAACUGCACAUCAUCUGCAAGGACUCCAAAGUCGUCAGAUGCCAUUUCUCGACAUUCAAGCAGUGCCAGGAGUGGCUGAAGCGUUUGAACCGGGCCGUAGCCCACCCUGGCAGGCUGGAGGAUCUGUUUGCCUUGGCCUACCACGCCUGGUGUCUGGGGGGCAGCGCAGACGAUGAGGACCAGCAUGUACACCUCUGUAGACCAGGUGAUCAUGUCCUUCAAAGGCAGGAGAUAGAGGUGAGGAGGAUGGGCUUCGACAUGCAAAACGCCUGGAGAGUGUCCGACAUCAACCUCAACUACAAGUUGUGCUCCAGCUACCCCCAGAAGCUGAUGGUGCCAGUGUGGAUCACAGACAAGGAGCUGGAGAGUGUCGGCUCCUUCAGGUCCUCCAAGAGGAUCCCUGUGGUGGUCUACAGGCACCAGAGGAACGGGGCAGUGAUCGCCCGUUGCAGCCAGCCAGAGAUCAGCUGGUGGGGCUGGAGAAACACAGAGGAUGAAUACUUGGUCACCUCCAUCGCCAAGGCCUGUCUGAUGGACCCAGGGGCCAGGGUCACCUGUGGGGCCGCAGCCUGCAGCCGGCCCCGAGGGGAGGGCCCAGACAGCUCUGACGGCGACUUUGACUCCUCUCUGACAGGAUGUUCAGGCCCUGAUGCAAACGCUGCGCCACAGAAGCUUCUCAUUCUCGACGCCCGCUCCUAUACCGCUGCAGUGGCCAACCGUGCCAAGGGAGGUGGCUGCGAGUGUGAAGAUUACUACCCUAACUGUGAGGUGAUGUUCAUGGGCAUGGCCAACAUCCACUCCAUUAGGAACAGCUUCCAGUCCCUCCGAACAGUCUGUAGCCAGAUUCCUGACCCUGGGAACUGGCUUUCGGCUCUGGAGAGCACCCGUUGGCUUCAGCACCUAUCCGUCAUGCUGAAGGCUGCCACUCUAGUGUGCUCUGCGGUGGAAAGAGAGGGACGUCCUGUCCUGGUGCAUUGUUCAGACGGGUGGGACCGCACCCCACAGAUUGUGGCUCUUGCCAAGAUCUUGCUGGACCCCUUCUAUAGGACACUAGAGGGUUUCCAGGUACUGGUGGAGACAGAGUGGUUGGACUUCGGUCAUAAGUUUGGCGAUCGCUGCGGUCACCAGGAGAAUGCUGAGGAUGUGAGUGAGCAGUGUCCUGUCUUCCUACAGUGGCUAGACUGUGUUCACCAGCUGCUCAAACAGUUCCCCUGCUUCUUUGAGUUCAACGAGGCAUUCUUGGUCAAGCUGGUUCAGCACACAUACUCGUGCCUGUACGGGACGUUCCUGUGUAACAACGGGCGGGAGAGAGAGGCCCGUAACAUCUAUAAACGCACCUGCUCCAUCUGGUCUCUGCUCCGCACCGGCAACAAGAACUUCCAGAACUUCCUUUAUAUUCCCUGUCAUGAGAUGGUGCUGCAGCCGGUGUGCCACACCCGGGCCCUGCAGCUGUGGACGGCCGUCUACCUGCCCACCUCCUCCCCCUGCACCGCUGCCGAGGACGCCAUGGAGCUCUACCUGUGCCCCUGCGCACAGGGAGAUGAGCUCACCUCACAAUCUCAAGACAGGCUUCCUAAGUCUCGCUCCAUGGACAACCUGGUGUCGGCCUGUGAGAACGGGAUGGCCCUCACCCGCACCUCCAGCGACCCCAACCUCAACAAGCACUGCCAGGAGGGCCGUACUGCCCAUGGCUUGGAGCCUAUGGCUGCUAUAGGAGGCGGAGCCGAACCCGAUAGCCCCGAGGACGUCAGCCCUGACACGGGAUUGGAUGACAAUGACUCGGAGGUGGAGCCUGUCACUCAGACUCCUCCUACCACACCCCUGGAGAUGGAGCCAAGGGAAGAGGGCUUUGAGGAGGAGGAGUUGAGAGAGGAGAUUUGUCUGACGACACAACCUCUGCCCUCCCUACCCCUCCCCCCCGUCACUCUGGAGAAGGGCUUCCCCCACCCCACCCCUCUCCCCCUGCCCACACCCAUUCUCCUCUAUUCCCUCCCCCAGACCACCAGCCCCCAUUGCCCUCCACCUCCCUUGCCACAACAGGCGACUAACAGCCGCUACAGGACUGCUGAGGUCACUACCCACCCUGCCCGGGCAGCAGAAGCAUGCCUACCUUCCCCACCUGCCUGGAAGGGCCCACUACCGGCAGCUGUUCUGAAUGGGCCUAUCACCUAUCACCAACUCCAGAACAGUCACUCAGUGUCUGCAGAGCUGCCGGCCCUCGAACAGCUAGUUCCUCUAUUCUCUAUGGCCAUGGAAGACUCCACAGAGACCCUCACAGACAAAGCAGAGGCCCCACCAACACUGCCCCGCAGCAGGAGAGAAAGUCUGGGCCAGACCCGGGCCCCAGAGUGGGCCUUACCCCAGGCCCAGACCCAGUCCCAGGCCCAGGGAGCGGAGAGAGAAGGGAAGAGGACAGAGGUUGUAAGUGGUAGAGAGCUGGUGCCUCUGAGAGAAUGUGUAGUAGCAGUACCAACAGUAGCAAUGGCCUCCGCAUCUACAGUGCCCCCUGUUGACAACAGCCAGGUAGUGGCCGUGGGACACCCAGUCUCCCAGAGCCAACUGAGUGUCAGUGAGGAGCUGUCUCUCCUGGGCUCCCACUGGGAGAGUGUCCAGGGCCUGGUCCAGUCUGGCCUCCCAGCCAAUCUCUCCUCAGGUCUCUGUCGGGCCCUCCAGCCCACCGCCUACCAGAGUCGACGCCUGGCUGGCAAGCUGCUCCGUGCCCAGGGCAUGGCCGUGUCCAACGGGUUGCCUAACGGGGGUUCGCAGUGCUGCCGCAGGGAGAAGGAGGAAAGGGUCCGUGGCCCGGCCCCAGCCAGCUACAGCCCAGUCCAGUCAGGGUCAGGCUGGCUCUCUGCAGUCAGAAGCAGCUCAGGCUAUGCUGCCAUCUGCAGCCAAACUAGCACCAGCACUCCACCCACCUCUUCAACCCGUCAGUUCUUACCAGCCUCUCCCUUCUCCCCGCCCUCCCAGCCCUCUCCGGCCUACCUGGAUGAUGACGGGCUGCCGGUGCCCAUGGACGCUGUGCAGCAGCGUCUCAGGCAGAUCGAGGCAGGAUAUAAACAGGAAGUGGAAGUGCUGAGGAGACAGGUGCGCCAGCUGCAGAUGAGGCUGGAGAGACAGUACGGCAUGCCGCCCUCUGAGCCUGACGUCGACUACGAGGACGACAUUACGUGUUUGCGUGAGUCAGACGACAGUGACGAGGAGGAAAGUCUGUCGGAUCACAGCGAGGACUGUUUCUCCGAGGGCAGCUGGGACAGAGUGGAGCAGAAGGACACAGAGGUCACCAGGUGGGUGCCCGAUCACAUGGCCUCCCAUUGUUUCAACUGCGACUGUGAGUUCUGGAUGGCCAAGCGGCGACAUCACUGCAGGAACUGUGGCAAUGUGUUCUGUAAAGACUGCUGCCACCUGAAGCUGCCCAUCCCAGACCAGCAGCUGUACGACCUUGUCUUAGUGUGUAACGUCUGCUACGACCUGCUGCUGGAGGCUAGGAACAGAGAGAUCUGCAGCCAGCAGCUCAAGAAGCCCAUCGCCACAGCCUCCAGCUGAGAGACAGGAGAGAGAGCCCCUUACUGAGUGUCCCAGUCCUGGCUCAGUCUGGCCUGGCCUAGUUCAGUUUGGCCCGGUUAGGACCUGGAUCAGCACCUUCUUGGAUCAGCUUGAGCCAUGUGCCCUGCUUCUUACUACCCUAACAUGGUCUGGUCUUGGCUGUGUGGGAAGAUGAGGAGGACUUGUGGUUGCUUUCUGGCAGGGAGGUGAAGCUUGAGAAUGGAGAGAGGACACUGACCACUGGGGAUGAGAGACUGACUGAGGAGUGGAAGAAGAUAGGGGAUGACAGUGAAUUACCUGAGUGAGGGAGAUGGAUGAGGAAGAGUUGUUAUGGAGGCUACCCCACUGAACCCCUUUUGGUCUAACACAUUUCCAGCCUGGAAGGAAGGCUGCAGCAUUCUGCUGUCCUGCCCUGGGGCUAUUGUUCUCCACUGGUGCCUCAGAUGCCCCAUGCCACCCCCCUGCUCCUGUAGCUCCAUUUCAAACCUACCUGAAUAUCCACCCCCAUUCUAGAGCAUCCCUCUCACACACACCAACCAACCACCCCAUAAUGUGCCUCCCUGCCCGAAACACACACACACACACACACGCACACACACACACACACACACACACACACACACACACACACACACACACACACACACACACACACACACACACACACACACACACACACACACACACACACACACACACACACCUACUUGCCUCCAAGGACAAUCUCUCGCCCUCCCAAGUGUUGGGGACUCCAAAGCCUUUACCUGUUAAAUGGAGGCUGAUGACAACUUUAAACAAGAAAAAGAAAAAAUGCUGCUACAGUAUUUAAGUCUAAUUUUGUAUUCUUAUUCUUUUGUGCACUGCAAGCUGUUUGUGUAUUUAAGGGAAUUUGAGACCAAACUCGAGCGAAAGGGAGAAAUCUGCUGUUUUACUUGUAUCUUUUGGUGGAGCUUGAAUGUAAAUGUUUGAAAUGAAAUGGUCAAGUGUGUUGGAGUAACUGGAAGACUGACGGUAAUAUUUGAUUAUGCGGUAACACUUGACACCCAGCAUCACAAAAUGUUAUGACGUGGUCAUAACCAUUUAAUAUGUCAUAACAGCUGACAUAAUAUAAUAUAAUAUGGUCAUAACACUCAUGACACAUAUUUAGACUUGUUGUGACAUAUAUUGUGUUAUUUUAUGGCUGUUUAUGACACCUACAUAAGAGUAAAAACACACAACCUACCACAGUAGUUAUUUUAUGGCUGGUUAUGAAACCUACAUAAGAGUAAAAACACACAAAACCUAACACAGUAGUUAUUUUAUGGCUGGUUAUGACACCUACAUAAGAGUAAAAACACACAAAACCUACCACUGUAGUUAUAUUAUGGCUUGUUGUGAUGUUAUGUAUAUUUUUUUAAGUUGACCAUAUUUAAUGAACAAUGUAAUUUCGCACACAUUGAUGUCAGACAUGCACCUAACCCAAUGCUGAUGACUGGAUGAAUGCAGGAGAAGAUUUCAGGAGCAGGACAAAGACACCCUCUUUUUCUGAUUUAAAGGGGAUGUAAAAUGAGCCUAUCUGGCUUAUAUGAUUAUGAUGGUCAUAAUGCUUCUUGACAGUGUCAUAAAGUGUAUUUUCUCAGUCCAAGUAAAGCGACACAGGGUGGCCAUAAUGCUUCAUGACAGUGAUGAUGAUGAAAAAUAACAUGACUGUAAAGAAUUCAUUACAACAACAAAGGUUUCAAGAAACAAACAUUCAAACGAAAGGAAACAUCUUGUCAGGGAAAAAAAGUGUUACAUUUUUUUUUCUUCGUUGUGACACUUAUGUAGGUGUCAUAACCAGUCAUCAAAUAACGAAACAGAUGUCACAACAGGUGUAAAUAUAUGGGUCAUGACAGUGUUAUGACCAUGUUAUGACAAGUGUUACCGUUUAUGUUAAUGCACAUUAGGUGGGUUGUGUACUUUUUCAUUCCUGCAUUGUGUUAUUUAAAAAGAAUAAUAAUAUGCACAGUUAAUGUGGUUCUGCCUUCAUCAAUGCUAUUCUCAAGUCCUGUCACAACUGUUUUAACAUUAGAGGUACCCCACUAUUUGUAUCGAGAAAGGUUUAUAACAGAUAAAUAAGUGUCAUUCGGACAUGCACCUGAUCAGAGGAGUCUUAAAAAAUGAUAAUAGAAUGGCUAACCAUCCAGACAAGGAAAGUUGUUUACACGUUUCCAAAUAGAGGGUUUUAUGCAAUGUUGUUAUAGAGUAUGACUUGAAAGAUCACUAGAAAGUACUUGAUGGCUGUUAGCUGA